GAGAAGUGUUUUGAACGUGUAAAUAUGUUGAAUUUUGUUCACAAUGUGUAAAUACGAACCUGACGAGUUCACGUUGACCGACGCGUUGCUGCUGGCUGCUGUAUCUGAAGAUUCGAAUCUAGUUCUAAAUAAGAUGCCAGGAAACUGUAGAAAUAUAUCUGAUGAGGUAUUCCCUGGUAUACAUGUUGGCGACAAGGGAGCCGCUAAGAACACGUUUUACCUGAAAAAGGUUGGUGUGACCCAUGUAUUAAAUACAGCUGAAGGUCAAAAACAAGCCACUGUAGAUACAAACGCGGCCUACUAUAAACCUGUUGGAAUUAAGUAUAAGGGCCUGAAGCUGCUGGAUGUGGCCCAGACAAAUAUUGCCAUGCAUUUCGAUGAGGUCGCGGAGUUCAUUGACGAAGCGCUUUCAAGUGGAGGUUGUGUUCUGGUAAACUGCCAGAUGGGAAUGUCUCGAAGUUCAACCUGUGUCUUGGCAUACCUCAUGCUUAGGCAGAACAUGACCGCUGUAGAGGCUCUAACAGAGGUCCGAAAGCACCGUGAUGUUCGACCUAAUGAUGGAUUUCUCCGGCAGCUGGCAGAACUAGAUAAUAAACUUAGGAGAGAGAGAGGGCUUCUACAGAAAUAGGUUCGAAACAGGAACCUAGAAACUGGAAACCUAGAGCAGAAACCAGAAAGAAGAACCUAAAAAUUAAUGGAACCAGGAACCUGGAACAGGUGUUUGGAACUUGAUCCUGGAACCAGGACUUGGAAUCAAUAACCUGGGUCAGGAACUUGGAACAUGAUCUUGGAAACAGGAACCUAGAGCACGGAAUCAGGAAUCAGAAAAAGGAAUCUGAAACAGGAAUCAGUAACAGGAAUCUGAGACAGGAAUCUGAAUAAAAAGUCCAAAAGAAAAUCUGAUACAUGAAUUUAAAACAGGAAUCUGAAACUGGAAUCUGAAACAGGAGUCUGAAUCAGGAAUCUGAAACAGGGAUCUGAAGGAAAAAUCUAAAACAAGAAUCUGAAACAGGAAUCUGAAACAGGAAUCUGAAACAGGAAUCUGAAACAGGAAUCUGAAACAGGAAUCUAAAACAGGAAUCUAAACCUGAAUUUGAAACAGGAAUCUGAAACAGGAAUUUGAAACAGGCAUCUGAACCAAGAAUCUGAAUCAAGAAUCUAAAACAGGAAUAAGAAAUAAAACAGAAACAGGCGAAACAGGCACUUCAAAAAGAAAA